AUCCAAACUGAUUUUCCUUCAUCCGUUGAUCUGCAAACUGUGAGUAGAAAAGGAUAGAUUAGCACUACCAAUGCUCUUCCACUCAUCUGCACAAUAUGUGCACAAUUAUCUCCUCACAGUCUGUGCAUGGUGGUGCAUCACUAAUCCCUGCACUAUGGAGGCAGAACAAGAGAGAUCUCUGUGAAUAAUUAUGCACAAUACAAAUGAAUAUUUGUUAAAUUUUAAAGGAUUUAAUUUUAUCAAAAAAUUGGUGAACACUGAGGAGUUAGAAAAGAUGGAAGAUGUUGAAAUUCGAGAUGAUGAUGUCUUCCUCAUCACCUAUCCAAAAUCUGGUACCUUCUGGACUCAGCAUCUCCUUCUCUUGAUUUAUUUUGAGGGUCAACGGAAUGGCACUGAAAAUAUCCAAACAUCUGAUAAAACAAUUUUCUUGGAGUACAAUAUUGUGGAUCUAGACUAUGUCAAUAUGCCAUCACCUCGCAUCUUUUCUUCCCACCUUCCAUAUUACUUAGUACCAAAAGGUCUCAAGAGCAAAAAGGCUAAAAUUCUUUAUGUUUACAGAAAUCCCAAAGAUGUUUUGAUCUCAUAUUUCUAUUUUUCAAAUUGGGUGUUAACCUUUGAACCUACCGAUACCAUAGAACAUUUUCUGGAAAAAUUUCUAGAUGGUAAAGUUGCAGGAAGCUGUUGGUUUGAUCACAUUAGAGGCUGGUAUGAACACAGACAUGACUUCAAUAUAAUGUUCCUGAGCUAUGAAGACAUGAAGAAGGAUCUCAGAGGCUCAGUGCUUAAAAUCUGCAGUUUUCUGGAGAAAGAACUGAGUGAAGAAGACGUGAAUUCUGUUGUGAGACAAGCUACAUUUCAGAAUAUGAAAUCUAACCCACGAGAAGAUCGUGAUCAGGUUAUAAAUACUCUAAUUGGGACCAGACACAAUGAGGGCUCCUUCCUGCGCAAAGGUGCCACUGGAGACUGGAAAAACCAUCUGACUGUGGAUCAGAAUGAAAGAUUUGACAUGAUAUUUAAGAGGAACAUGAAAAAUUUUCCCUUGAAGUUUAUCUGGGAUAUAUAUGAAUAAAAUUCUAUCCAGUGUUUGUAUAAACUUAAAAAUCUAUUAAGUAGAAGGCAUGUUGUAAAAUCAAUAUGGAUGUUUCUGUGUUUUCAUCAAUAAAAUAAAUUAGUAAAUUAAGGAAAAA